UCUUAACCAGAUAUUAGUUCUGUAAAAGAUAAUAUUGAAAUAGUGUAACGUGUAAGUUAUGUUAUUAUUAAAUUCUAAAAUUUGAUUAUUUUUCGUAAAUGAAUGUAAUUUCACACAUUAAUGUGCAAGUUAAACAAAAAUCUGAUUUCAAUUCUGCAUAUAUAAUGUGAAUGAUGGAGAGUCAAGUGCUGAAAUAAAAAAUUUUAAGAUUUCACCAAAAAUCAUUUGGCAUCCUGGAAAUGUCUGGAGUUCAUUAUCAGUUUGAUACUCGGAUUCGAAGGCAGCACGUGCCGUUAGUUACUCAUCAGCACAGGCUUAGACAUUUACGUAGUGUGUGUGCACGAAAUGUUCAGAUAAAUUUUGGUUCUAAUGAAGGUUCUGGACUGUAUUUCACACUCCAUCAGGAUCACAGUGCAUCAGCUUUUUACACAAGUGAGCUUGUUCAAGAGUAUACAAAUCCUACAUGGAAACAUUUUGAGAUGUUGGACUUCGCAAGUAGCACCAAUGCUGCAGCAUUGGGUUUUGUUAUCAGGUUAAGAUAUAAAACUGAAGAGCAGGACAGCUGUAUGAUAGAAUGGACUGUUCAUCUAACAGGCCUGGUGUUCAUAAGUGAAUUGAUUCCCAAAGAAAGUAAAAAAUUUAAGUCUAAUACUUUACUUUUUGGGUUAUCGGAGGGAUAUUACAGCAGUUCAGAUAGUAUACAGGAUUCAUUUUGUGAAGGACCACCUAACAAACCUACAGAAAUUAUUAAUGUUGAUCCAUCAACUGUUCGAGUUUCCUACUCAGUUAACACACUUUCAAGAAUUCAGACAAUUCAUAGGGCAAUAAAACAAACCCAGGCUGCAGCACAAAGACUACGUGUUUUGAUUGAGGAUAAGCUUCAACAAGCUGGUCAGAAACAUCAGUUAAAAGGUCACCAGGAACAAAUGAAAGCCAGAGUCUCUACCUUAAGAAAUGAACUUCAAGUACAGCAAUACCGGCUGAACACUUUACUAUCAAGAAGAUCUUUAAAUGGUCAAGAAGUGGAAGAAAAAGCAGUGGAAAUUAUGAACAAACUGCAACUUUUGAAAAGAGAGAGAGAUGCAUUAGUGGAAAGAAGAAGAUGUUACUUUGAGUCCCGAGAAAAUCUUCUUAAGACUAAUGCUCAACUCAUUUUAAGAAGAAAGCAGUUGAUAUCUGAACUGUCUUGCAUUUACCCCAUAGUAGAGUUUCCAGACAAGAGAGGCUACAGCAUCUGUGGUGUUCAUCUUCCAAACUCUGAAGAUUUUGCAGGACGUGAUGACACAAUGAUAUCAAAUGCCUUGGGAUAUGUAUGCCAUUUGACAUUGAUGAUAUCUCAGUUUCUUAACCUGCCUCUACGUUAUCCAGUUCGUCAUUUCAGCUCACGAUCUGUCGUUAUUGACCAUGUUUCAGACAAGAUUCCUGACAAAAAUAGAGAAUUUCCACUGUAUGCUAAAGGAAAAGAACGACUGCAUUUCAAUUAUGGUGUGUACUUAUUAAAUAAAAACAUAGCUCAGUUAAGACAUUAUUGUGGUAUGACAACACAUGACCUUCGAGCAACACUCUUGAACUUGCACACACUUGUUGAGACAAGAUUCAAUAUAAAGAAUGAUCAAUCCCAACCGGAAGUAUAUUCAACAUUGAGCUUGCCUAGAAUGCCCUCCUUUCACAGUUUUCCUCUUUCGCUUAGUGGGAAUGUAACAGAUCCUUCCCUGGGAGUGCAGCAUGCUCUAACUCUCAAUGAAUCCAUGGUGGAAAAACAAAAUAUAGAAGUUCUAAAAAAUGACCCUCAGAAAAUCAGCAAUUUAGAAUUGAUUGCAGGACUUAAAAAAGAGAUGGAGUUUAUGAAAGCUAGCAAUGAUUCACCAAAACGAACAGGACCAGACUUAUCAUGUACAGCUGUGAGCUCUUCUUUAGACAAAGGAUUAAAUGAUAUCAUAACUUUACAGAAAACUCUUGAAAAUAAUAGCCAUCAAAGUUCUAAAAAGUUAAGCCCUCAGAUUAAAUCACUUAAUUACAGCCGUCAUUCUAGCGUCCCAAACUUAACCAGUUGUACUGCAACUGUGUCAUUCCAAGAUGGUGUACUAAAACAAACAACCAAUCAAAAGCAAGGACUUAACUCAGCUCUCAAAAUGUGGAUGGGAGGCAGUUCUCAGGGUAACUCGGAUGAGGAAUUUGCUGCGGGCCACUCACCUAGUAGUAGCACGGACAGUAGUGGACAGGUAGUUGCUUCAUCAAAACAGCCAUGGAUUAAAGCAGACUCCAAAAAAGAGUUGCUUCCUCACUGUGAUGACAACAAUUGUGAUCAGUGUCGGCUCUCUUAUAGAGGAACUCAUGAUUUUAAUGAAACUGCAUUUGAUGCAGACUUAAAGCUUCGAACUCAACAGCUAGCUGUUAGAAGUAACAGUUUUCGGAUGCAGUGGGGUUCAUCAUGUGGUAAUAUUAAUUUAGAUCCAAAAGUACAUUGACUGUAGGUGCCCUCUGUGAGAGUGUAUGUUUAAAUCAGCUAAACCAUUUUUAAGCCAGAAUUAUAGCUUUCAGAACUAAGUGGCCAUAGAAAUUUAUAGGAAAGUUAAAAAAAACCACAGAAUUUAUUUUUUAUGUGUUUAAUAUGUGAGGGUCUGAACUAAAUAUGUUAAUUAAAGUGAAUGAUAGCAAAUUUACAAAUAUUUUUUUUUUGAAGAAGAAGAAGAAAGGGGGAUAACUUGUGUCUUUGGAUCUAAUUCUUUAUUUUAUUUUUUCCUUUAAAGUUAUUCUAGAAAUUUUGCUUAGGGAGUUUAUAGUCUUACAUUAAAAAAAAGAAAAUGUGUAUGUUAUCAGUGGACUGGUUCUGGCUUUUUUGUGUACCAAAUAGCAAAUUGGCAUUGUUUUUUUUUCCCUAAUCUCAAAAUGAGAACUAGGAUUGCUGUAAAAUGUUCCUGUUCUUAAAGGUAAGUAGAAAUGUGUAUGGAAAAUAAUUAUUAAAUAUGAAAAAACAAAACAAAAACUAGUCAGAUGUUUUAAUAUUCUAUAGUCCCAAGGUGAUGAAAAACCAGUUAUUUAGAAAAACACUGUACAGAAAAUAACUUUGGUCCAAGGUACUUUUCGUUGUAACAUAUGUACCAUUUACUAAUUAGCUUACCAGAAUAUGGUGCAUCCUUGUGUAUAUUCUGUGAGUAAUGAUAAAUGUGAACUUUAUGAAAUGGCUAAGAGUAGUUAGUAUAUAGAGGUAACUUUAAGUAUCAGGACUGUUAACAUUGAAAUGUUGCAGUUUUGUUGGUAGUUUUUUUGUUUCUUUUAAAUAACAGCUAUUUAACAAUAUUUUGUUUUGAUAGUUACAAUAAUGCGAGUUUCACUAUCUCAGAAAUAAGUCUAAAAUCACUCAAGAACUAAUUAAUAGUUACAUAAAACAAGUUUGUCUUUGUAAAAGAAGCUCAAAAGAUUAAGAAUUUAAAGAAACUAUCCUUUUUUAACUCUUGACUUAUAAAAACCUUUUACCUCCCUUGUGCAAUAUUGAAUUUUAUUAGCCAUCUUUUUCUUCAUUUGUAAUGAAUGUCAAUAAAACUUCUAACAUUAUUUCAAAAUCAAAAUUGACAUAUCAAACAGGCUUUCAAUAACAAUCUGGAGAAAAAGUUGUUUGAUUUAC